AUGGGGAUCUCACUUGCCAAUCUCGAAGAACUUUAUUUAUUCUUUAACAGACUCACAGGCGAAAUUCCGGCCUCUAUCACCAAUGCUUCUCAGCUUACUGUUAUAGAAUUGAACAGAAACUCAUUCACUGGUCCCAUUCCCGACUUUCGUAAUCUAAGACAGCUGCAAGUGCUUCGCCUUUGGGAAAAUAAUCUGACUGGUGCAGACUCUCCAAAUCAAGAAUUGGAAUUUCUCUCUUCGUUAACAAACUGCCAAAAUUUGCUGCACUUGGAAAUUACCAACAAUCCGAUGAUGAAUGGUAUCCUUCCCGCUUCGAUUGGGAACUUAUCUGCUUCUCUUGUCACCUUUUCAGCGUCUAACUGCAGCAUCAGAGGUAUUAUUCCUCUUGAAAUUGGAAAUUUAGCAAGUUUGGAGGUUUUGGAUUUAUCCAAGAAUCAACUCACAGGAUUCAUCCCAACAACAGUGGGAAAGCUAAAUCAGCUUGGAAAGUUGCACCUUUAUGAUAACCAGCUACAAGGAUAUAUCACUCAUAGUCUUUGCCAAAACACUUCUUUAUUAGAGUUAUAUUUGGAUAGUAAUAUGCUUAUAGGUUCAAUACCUGAAUGUUUGGGAGAUAUUAAAUCCCUUCAAAAGGUUUCUUUUGCAUCAAACAAGCUAAAUUCCACACUCCCUUUCAACUUCUUAAAUCUUCCAAAGCUCAUAAAUCUCAACCUGUCUUCAAACAGUUUGAGUGGUCAAAUUCCUGAUCAAUUCACAAGUUUGACUACUCUGAACUAUCUUGACUUGUCUUCUAACAAGUUUAUAGGAAACAUUCCAAACACAAUUGGUAGUUGUCAAUCUCUUCAGGUCCUAUUUUUGUCGAAUAAUAUGUUGAAUGGAUCCAUCCCCGAUUCUCUGGAGAAGGUUAAAGGCUUGACGAAUCUGAGUCUAUCAUGUAAUAAUCUCUCCGGUUCGAUACCCGCCUCCCUAGAAAAGCUCAAACUCCAAUAUUUUAAUGUUUCGCGCAACAAUUUGCAAGGGAAGAUUCCGGAAGGGGGUUGCUUUGCCAACUAUCUGCUGACUCUUUUACUCAAAACCCUAAUCUAUGCGGCGCCAGAAGAUUCCAAGUGCCACCUUGUGGGAGUGGAAGUGGGAGCUUCGUGGAAGAUCGUCUCAGAGAGGGAACUCAUACAGGGGACGAGUUCGUUUAGUGAGAUGAACCUACUCGGAAAAGGUAGCUUUGGUUCGGUAUUCAAAGCAGAGCUCUCGGAUGACACAACUGCAGCAGUGAAAGUGUUCAACUUGGAACUGGAAGGAGCGCUCAAGAGCUUCGACACAGAGAGUCGGAUACUUGUCAGUAUUCGCCACAGGAACUUGAUCAAGAUACUUGGUUGUUGUAGCAACGAGCAGUUCAAGGCCUUGAUUCUUGCUUACAUGCCUAAUGAGAGUCUGGAGAAAUGGAUGCAUUCUGAUGUGUAUGUUUUGGAUUUGGUGAAGAGGUUGAACAUAGCCAUAGAUGUCGCGUUGGCCUUGGAGUAUCUUCAUCACAAUCACACAUUUACAGUUGUGCAUUGUGAUAUAAAGCCGAACAAUGUGUUGCUUGAUGAAGAUAUGACUGCGCAUGUCGGUGAUUUUGGCAUUUCGAAACUUUCUGAGGAUCGGGAAGCUGUGAUUCACACUAUAACUAUGGCAACUAUCGGUUAUGCAGCACCAGUGUAUUAA